CACAACAACAUCAACAUUGUCAGACAACAACAGUCGGCGCUCGGGAAGCUCUGCAGCGAGUGCGGGCCAUCGUUACCUUCCACUCUCUGGCAAGUUAUGAACAUUGCUGCGUAACUGUGAGUGCCGCAGAUGUCACCAUCACCACUCGUGGUAGUCAUCGGGAGGAGGAACCUUCGUGCAAACUGAAGAAGAGUUUAGUCAACUUCCUCACAAGCCUCUCCUAGUGUACCCAUGGAUAUAUGCAUCAAACUCUUUAUCCUCAACUUAACCUGCUUCAGCAGCUGUCACAAGCUUAUUCCAGAUCAUCCAUAUGCCAGAAGAUCUGCACUUGCCCUCCUGGCAACUAGUGCUUAAAAUUUCUGGUAAGUGGCAUACAUUGUAUGUGUCAAUCAGUACCCAAGAGCUAAACACACACCAACACGCCUGUGGACAUAUUUACACCUUAGUGCAGCAAAAGUGUGCCUACUCAGAAAUGUUGCAUAAGCGGUUUGCGAACAUUAUGAAAUAAAUUAAUAAAUAAUUUAUUUAUACCUAAGUCCAGUAUAGUUAAGUUAUUAGUCAAUAAUCAUGCAGAAUAUGAAUAUUGAAUUUUGAAUAUUUGUGUGUGAUGUUUUAUGGAAAUCUAUUAAUUGCUUAACCACUCUGCAAAAUAGAAAUGUAAUUGAAUAUUUAUAAAGUAAAAAAAUUCACAAAUUUUAUCAAUAGAUUCAUAUAUUAUUAUUAUUUUAAUUUAAUGACCGGAAUGUGAAUAUUUUACGUCAUGUGUCCUAUGUCACAUAAUGAAGCAAGGUGCAACAUGACCAUUCAAUGCUCCUAAAUAAAUUGUCCAUAUUUUCAUCUGGAAUGUCUGUAAAUUAUAGUGUGGGGAAGUCAUGUUAAGGUUUUGCAUCUUGUAGAAUAAUUCAAUUUUCUUGGUAACUCACUUAAGAGUUUGUACAUAAAUUCAAUGCUCCUAAAAAUUUUCAUGUAUCAACCUUCCCAUGAAUAACAUGCCAUAAAUUUUCCAUGUAUAGCAAACCAUAAAUUUUCCAUGUAUAACAAGCCAUAAACUUUCAAUGUAUAACAAGCCAUAAACUUUCAAUGUAUAACAAGCCAUAAACUUUCAAUGUAUAACAAGCCAUAAACUUUCAAUGUAUAACAAGCCAUAAACUUUCAAUGUAUAACAAGUCAUAAACUUUCCUUGUAUAACAACCCAUAAAGUUUUCAUGUUUAACUAGUCAUAAACUUUCCAUGUAUAACAAGCCAUAAACUUUUCAUGUUUAACUAGUCAUAAACUUUCCAUGUAUAACAAGCCAUAUAUGAGCUUAUACAUAGCAUAAAUAUUAAUAUUGAGUAUCUGUUCACUAGAAUAUUUUCAUGUGUAGUAUAUCAUAUAAAGAUGUUAAAAAUAUAUUAUUGUUUUGCAAUACACAAGACUAUACAUGUAAGGUCAAACUGUCAAUAUUCAUAAUCAUUAACAAAAUUGAAAGUAAUGAUUAACUUUAGAUGUUUAAAUUUCAUAUAAAGUAUAUGUAAGUUAUAUCAGUGUUAUACUCAGAGUUAAUGCACAAGAGUUAAAGAGGCAUUGCCUCAACAUUUUGUGUUGUUGUGACGUGUAAGUCUUCUCUGCUCACAAAGAUGAAAGUGUGUAAAGGAGAACUGCUAUAUCAUUGUCCAGUAUGUUUAAAAGACUUAAAAAAAAAGUCUUCUCUUAACUCUCACAUGAGAACUCAUACAGGAGAGAAGCCAUAUCAGUGUUUAGAAUGUCAAAAGAAUUUUUCUGAUAAAGGUGCUUUAGUAAUCCACUCGAGAGUUCAUACAGGAGAAAAGCCAUAUCAGUGUUUAGUAUGCUUUAAAGCCUUUUCAGUAAAAUCCAGUUUAAUAUACCAUGAAAGAGUUCAUACAGGAGAAAAACCAUAUCAGUGUACAGAAUGUCUAAAAAACUUUAAACAGAGGUCUGCAUUAGACACACACAUAAGAACUCAUACUGGAGAAAAACCCUAUCAGUGUACAGAAUGUCCAAAAGGAUUCAGUGAAAAGGGAAAUCUAGUAAAACACAUUCGAAUUCAUACAGGAGAAAAACCAUUUCAGUGUUCAGAAUGUUUAAGGGACUUUAAACAAAAAACUGCACUUGACACACACAUGAGAACUCAUACAGGAGAUAAGCCACAUAAAUGCCCAGAAUGUUCAAAAUGCUUUUCUGAUAAAGGUGCUUUAGUAACCCAUAUGAGAGUUCAUACAGGUGAAAAGCCAUAUCAGUGUUCAGAAUGUCCAAAAUCCUUUUCAGUAAGAUCAAAUCUAGUAAAUCAUACAAGAUUGCAUACAGGGGAGAAACCAUAUCAGUGCUCAGAGUGUUCAAAAGGCUUUUAUGAAAAAGCUAAACUAGUUAGCCAUACAAGAAUUCAUACAGGAGAGAGACCAUAUCAAUGUUCAGAAUGUCUGAAAGACUUUACUCAAAAAUCUGUUUUAGUAACACACAUGAAAAUUCAUAAUCGAGAAAAGCAAUAUCAGUGUUUACAAUGUUUAAAAGUAUUUUUUCAUGCAGGCAGCUUAGCAAGACAUAUGCGAGUUCAUACAGAAGAGAAACCUUAUCAAUGUUCGGUUUGUUUAAAAGCCUUUAAAGAAAAAUCUAAUUUGGUAAGACAUGCAGCUAUUCACACAGAUGUAAAAUCCUAUCAGUGUCUAGUGUGUCUAAAGUCUUUUUCUGAGAGAGGGAAGCUAGGAAGGCAUUCAAAGUGUCAUACAGGAGAGACACCAUAUCAAUGUUCUGUGUGUUUAAAAGACUUUAAUGAAAAAGAUAAGCUUGUUAGCCAUUUAAUAGGCCAUACUGGAGAAAAACCAUAUCAGUGUUCAGAAUGUUCAAAACACUUUUCAUCCAAAUUUACAUUAUUAAAACAUAAGCGAAUUCAUAAUAUAUAGAGAAAUGUUGUGUGUUCACAAUGCCAUGAAGAUUUUUUUGAAGAUUUCAUAUUAAAAUACUUGUGAGAUCUUUAACCCUUUAACUGCGCAACGCGCCUGCAGGCCCAGGCUUAGGGUGUGCAACGCGCCCCCGGGUGUUUUUAUUUUUCACGUUCCAUUCAAAACUCCCUCGGCUACAUGGGGUUCAC